AUGUAUGAGCCUGGAUUGCACACCAUCUACGGCGACUCGGAGACAAGUGGUGGCCUUCAAUCCCUCGAACCGGAAAUUGAUGUUGUAGCUGUUCAUGGCCUCAACUUCAAGGGCAACGCAAACCAUGCGCGAGCCACAUGGAACUCCCAGGGAUCAGUCUGGAUCCGAGACUUUCUCCCCCAGAAGAUCGGGAGACCGUGCCGAGUCAUGUUGUUUGCGUAUAAUUCCAGUCCGGCCAAAGCGGCGGCAGCGAUGCGACUAGAUGAGCACGCACGGAUGCUGUUGAGCUGUCUAAAAGACAAAAGAAAGGACUCGCCACUCAGGCCAAUCGUGUUUCUCUGCCAUAGCCUAGGCGGCAUAGUUGUCAAGUCCGCACUGGUUGAAGGAACUCUUGAUCCAGCCUAUGGAUCCAUCGUCAAGGCCACCAGACUCCUCGUCUUCUUCGCGACACCUCACCUAGGCGGAAAUUACAGUGGUAUCGGAGACAUUGCUGCCAAGAUUGUCAGGACGGGACUUGGAACGCCGAGUAAUGACUUGUUGGACGGGUUGAAGGCGGGCUCUCGUGACGUGAUACGGCGGUUUGAACAGGCGCGUCAUCUGCCUGCCAACUGUCUCGUUAUUAGUUUUUAUGAGACGGAGAAUUACGGGAGAAUUGGACUGAUUGUCGAAAAGGAGUCUGCAGUUCUCAAUUUAUCAGACGACCGAGAGAGAAAGGUGGCACUCAAAGCCAACCACAGCAAAAUCUGCAAGUUUCCAACAGCAGAGAGUUGCGAGUCGGUGAUGGAGAUGAUUGUCUCGGACCUUGAAAGAGCUCUGGAAUUACAAAGAGCAAUGGAACCAGGUCCAGCCGUGAACGUCCACUGGACGGUGAAACAGCGUCCAAGCGCUUUAUUUACUGGAAGAGAUGAAAUAGUCCAAACUAUCGUCGACGCCAUAGAUCCCAGGGUCAAUGACUCUAAAACUUUGGACAAAAUGUUCGUCAUCACGGGUAUGGGAGGCCAGGGCAAAAGUGAGGUGUGCUUGAACGUUGCGAGUCAGCUUCGAAAUCAAUUCUGGGGCGUGUUUUGGGUAGAUGUAGCCACUGCGGCCACAGCUGCUAGAGGGUUUGCCAUGAUUGCUCACGCUCUUAGAACUGAGAGCACUGAUGUUGACGACGUUCGCUAUCUUCUUGCAAAUUGGCCUGCUGAUGAGCCUUGGCUUCUAAUCCUGGACAAUGCCGAUGACAGCUCAAUCAAUUAUGCAGACUACAUUCCCUCUGGGGAGAGAGGAACUGUGUUGAUGACAUCUAGGCUUCCAGAAUGCGCCGUUUACAAGACACUCGGACACAUCGAACUUGGAAAUCUCAGCAAGGAGAAUUGUAUUGAGCUGCUCCUGAAUUCAAUGUCUGUCCCCGAGCCACUUCGUACCGAAUCCGCGGCACCUGCGGAAGCUAUCGUCGAAGAGAUGGGAUUUCAUACACUUGCCAUCUUACAAGCAGGCGCCUACAUCUCUUCAAUGGAUAUAUCCAUGGAAAAGUAUUUGAUAGACUAUCGGGAACAAGCGGACAAGCUACUCAAGUUUGUCCCUUCUCAGGCACAGUCAAGAUACCGCAACGUCUGGACGACUUUCGAAAUUUCGGUCCAGGCGUUAAAGUCUUCGAACAAGCAAUCUGCGCAUGAUGCUUUACAACUUUUGGAAGUUCUUUCAACCCUUCAUUAUGAUGACAUUCCUCUGGACUUUUUCCAGGAUGCAUGGCGAGGGGCCAGAAAAGCCCAGAGUAUCCCAGAAGACGACGAAAAACUCGGCAAUCUUUCACAGUGGCAUGUCGCACGGCUUCCCGCGUGGAUUGAUGCCCAGAGAGACAAGUGGGAUGAGGUUCGGUUGGACCAGGCUCUCAAUGAACUCGUUUCUUUAGCUCUCAUCAAGAGAUCAACCGCAGGAAGCGAUGCAACGGUCUCAUUGCACCCACUCAUUCAUAGCUGGGUAGCUAUUCGCCAAGAUGAAACUCAUCGACGUUCAAGUAUUCAGUCGUCUGCUUGUAUAAUUGCGCUUACUCAGUUCUCCCAAACAAAAUGGCACUCCCAUUUCGAGAGGCUCGGGCCUCACAUUAUGACUUUAACUGCAGCACCCUCUUUGGCUAUUAACAAACAGACUUCCACAAAGAUACUUCAAGUGCUUUUACAGAUCAGCAUAUCUCUUCGAGACAUGAGAUAUGAUGCUGAAGUAUCGGCUCUUCUUGAGCAAAUGCUACGAUAUUUCGACGCCACUCUGGAGAACCCAAGGAGCGACCUACUUCCCAUAUUUUAUGUGAUCUCACGUAACCAACUUAAUCUGGGAGAGAUAGAUCAGUGUAUACAGACGAUUCAGAAAGUCCGAAAGGUUCAGCAAUCAAGUCUUCAUGAGCAUGGCACAAACCGUCUCGGAAUGGAUCUGGAACUUGCGCGAGCUUACGACUUCAACGGCCAGUGGAAAGAGGCGAUAGCCAUUCUUGAAAACAUCCGUCAAGUUCACGAGUUGCACAUGAGUCUAAACGAAGAUGAUCCUGAUAGACUAACUGUGCUACAUCUGCUUGGCGAAGCUUAUGAAUCAAGCGGGCGAACCAAAGAAGCCAUAGCGCUACUCACAGAGGUUGUGUCCAUCGAAGAGAUUAGUAGCGAGAAAGGCGAUCCCACCCUAUUCAGCUCAAAGUACAAGCUUGCGACAUGCUACUUGUCCAACUGCCAAAUCGAUGAAGCAAUUGCGAUAUUCAAGGAGCUUGACGAAGUACAAGCCAUGAACUUCUCCGAUCGCCAUCCCUAUCGACUCGGCCCUCAGAUUGGGCUGGCCAAAGCUCACAUUGAGAACGGAAAAUCUAGAGAAGCAAUCGAGAUCCUGGAAAAUGUAAAGAAUAUGCAAAACAGGCUGCUGGAAUCAGGACAUUCAUCGCGCCCAUUGAUCGAGAACCAUCUUGGUGCGGCUUACCGACAGAACGGCGAGCCUCAAAAGGCCAUCAAAUGCCUGAAGACAGCCCUGAAGCUAUCGAAAUAUCGUCAAAAUCACCCUCAUCACAUAGCUAUCCAUUGCGAACUUGCCGCAGCCUAUCGCGCGAAUGGCCAGAUUACGGAUGCUGUUGAGCUGCUAGAGAAACUUGGGGCACUUGAGGAUAGCUCGUUAAGCAACGAACAUCCUAUCAUGAUUAAAGUACAAGCUGAACUGGCAUCGCUGUAUGUAUUGGAUAGUCAAUGGGAGAGGGCGAUGACUCUUUUACAAAACACCAUUGAACUCCAGGAAAACUCGGAUAAGAGCCAUCCAAACCUGUCGGCUUUGCAGCAAAAGCUCGGAACCGCUUAUCUCGACAACGGCGAGGUCCGAAAGGCAGUUCAGAUUCUUGAAGAAUUGCAUGAGUUAGGCAGGGCUUAUCUUGCCGAUAGCCAGGUCAAAGCCGCAAUCACGACGCUGGACAAAGUUGUCAAAGAUAAGGAACGACUUUUUCAUAAAGAGCACCCCGAGAGACUUGCUUCGCUUCACGAACUUGCCAGUGCAUAUCUUAGUGAUGGCCAAAUUGAUGAAGCAGCAAGAGUAUUUGAGAACGCUACUAAGACGGCAGAAGAGACGCUCCGGGAAGAUCACCCAACACGGAUUGCUUUGCGGUAUCAGCUUGCUUGUGUAUAUCUUCAGAAUGAUCAAGUGGACAAUAGCAUUCUUAUUCUCGAGGAAAUAGCAAAUCCCCAGGAUAUAUCUGAUGCAGCAAGGGUUCUCCCCAGCCGAGUCGCCGCGUUACAUCAGCUUGGUUUAGCAUACACAAAGAGCGGUCGAGUAGCCGAGUCGGUAGCAGUUCUAGAAGAAGCCGUCGAGAUACGGAGCAGCCUCGACGAGGGCCACCCCAACAGAUUAGCCUCUCAGUAUGAGCUUGGAAGCUGUUACUUAUCCCUCAGGAGACUGGACGACGCAGUCGCCCUCCUUGAGGAAGUCGUCCGAGUUGAAACUUUGACACAGGGACGCAGCAUCUCCCUAGCCAUGACUCUAUCAAAACUCGGAUCCGCCUACCUAAUGCAAGGCAAAGCGAAAGAAGCCGUGGAAGCACUAACAUCUGCAUGCGUCAUACGAAGAAGUCGCCUCGAACCAAACGACGUCUCGCGACUCACAUCAGAACACGAUCUCGGGCUGGCAUAUCUUGAAACCGGUAAUGAAAAGAAGGGGAUAUCUACGCUGGAGGAACUUCUCGCGGUGGAAAGGCAAUGCCUUGAACAGAACCAUCCACUGCGCAUGAAGACGCAGUAUGAGCUCGCGUGCGCGUACAUGGAUGCUGGGAAACUGGAAAAUGGCAUUCAGCUUCUAGAGAACGUGGUCUCGAUCAAGAAGUGGCAUCCUGAAGAAGAUACGUAUCCGACGAUGAAUGAAGUUCGAAGUGAGUUGGCCAAGGCGUAUAAAGAGAGGAGCUUUUUAUAUCGACUCUUGGGAGUCUUUGGGUUGAAUGUCUGCUUGGACAGGAAAUGA